CGACAUCUCCAACCACCCCUAGGAGCCCGGGAGCAACAAGAAUCGCAUCAACGCCCGGGCACGCAGAGUACAAACCUGGGACGGCAGGGUCAGAAGAUACUCCGGAACUGGAAAUAACCCCAGCAGGGGCCACAGCCGCCCCGGACCGACGGUCAUCAAAUCCAUUCGAUCGGCCGGGCACCGCAACUACAGUCGUGAGUCUCCCGGAGCUCGGCAGGAAGGGAGCAGAUCCUGGAACUCCACCCCAGAGGCACUCAUCAACGCAAUCUUGGCCUGGGCCCGAUCGGACAAACUCUUUAGAAAUGGACAAUGUCGCAGGAUAUCGGGGGGCUGUAACUAAACCUCGGCAAAAUUCAGACACUUCACCGCCACCAGCACCAAAUAUAUCUACAAGUGGAACGGAUAAGAAAACACUACAAUACACCGGUCCCGUAGGACCCUGGUUCCCAGACUCCCCAACAUCCACCCAUGACGCCAAAGACCCCCCUCUGCCCCCACCAUCCGAACUCCAGGGGCUAACCGCGACAAAGCCGGGCACACAAUGCCUCAGCGACGACAUAACCCGCCGCCCAUCCAUUGCGCACAAGCACAAAUUCAAUGAAGAGCACGAAGUCCAAUGUCUCAGCGACGACAUCCAGAAUGGCGCACUAUUAGCCGGCCAGAAGGGCGUUCUUCCAUCGGAAUUCUUCGACGGGCACCGGACGGCGUGCAUCAGCGAUGAUCUGGCAAGGAUAUACUUGGGCCUCGGUGAAGAAGGCGAGCAGGAAUUACAGGCCCAGAUGGAGAAGGAAGAGCACUUGCGAGCGGUGGAAAGGGAAAGGUCGUGCUUGGGUGACGAAUUUAGUGAUUGGCACACCAACCGCUCGGGAUUGAUUCCGGUGAUCGAAGAGGAGGAAGGCGAAACACCUGCCCGCGCACAACCGGUGAUUCCUAUGGCGGAGGAGGCGGAUCCGCGACGGUGA